CGCUACGACUCACCAUAAAUUAUUGUCAUUGUGUCCGACUGUCCGAGCAUUUUGACUUUUUAUUCCCCUCGGGAAUCUUGAUAUUCUGCAGGAAAAGAAGUGACUGUACAGUAGGCCUCUGUACUGUCGUCCAUUAUUACAAGCCUGCUGCAUGAUCGUUGACGGAAGCAACGGUCGGAGGAUGAGAGUGGGAGGACUGCAGUAAUGAUGCGUUUUGUUCUGGACUGCCUGAGGACAUCGAGCGCGAGGAACCCAAAGGAUGACCGGGAAACUGACGUCGUGGAAACGGACGAAAGAGUCCUCAGCAAGUCAGCCGAGAUCAGAGUAAGAAGACCGCAGCACCUUGCGCUGGAGCUUGAGAAUGCGGUAACAGUGGAAAAUCUGGAGCUGCAGGAGCAGCAGUCAGACCGCAAGGAGCUAGAGGAAACACUGGUCAAAUUAGAAAAUCACAAAGAUAAGCUUAUUCAGCAAAUAAAAGUAACCAGACAGCUCUGCUAUGAAGAAAGUCAACAGAUAUUAUCUCUGCAGGCUGAAGAGGUUAAGAGGGAGAGCCAAGUUGAGGAGUAUGAGCGAGAGCUUGCCAGAGCCAGAUGGAGACUGAGGAAGCUCAAAGAGGAGGUGAAACAGGCCAAGAGCAAGAUGGAGGAGGCUGGGGAGAGGAACUAUCCUCUCCAGGACUCGAUUAGACAGUCCUAUGAAGAAAUCUUGCAGGAAGAGCACACGCUAUGUUCUGUGUCAGGUGGUGCAGUCACUCCAGAGAGCCAGCUGGAAGGCUCAACAUCUCCUGCAGAUACAACUGAGGAUGAACCACUUCCAAUCAGACCAUGGGGAAGGAGCCAAUCACUGCCUGCAUAUGCUGACCUAAUAAUGGUAGCCAACAGCGCACCUUUCUGCAAUAAUUUGGCUGAUACCAGAGAAGAGGUAGAUGACAGUAGCAGCAGCUCACCAAAGAUGGACAGAUCUAACCUGGAAGACGAUCCAGACGAGGGUGACAUCAGUGAGGAUCAAGGGGAAAUAAAGGAACAGUCCAUUCUAAACAAAAUGGACUUCUAUCAAGCUGACCCAUUUGCGCAUUGUCAUAUAGGCCAUGACCUAUUUAACGAAGACCUCUUCCCGAAAACAGACUCAUCAGAUGGAUUUACAUCCGAUCCUUUCAAAGGCAGUGACCCCUUUGCAGCGGACAUUUUGUUUCCAGAAGCCAACGUUGGUUGUGAUGACGGAGAAGUAAUACUUUGCGACGAGGCCGACACUAGUCUAUCUUGUGCUGAAAAUAAAGCUUCAACGGGAACACAGUGUUUUGAGUGCGAGUUUCCCGAUGAAGAUAGUGACAUUGAGAUCAGCUAUAGUCAAGAGGAUCUUGACACCAUCCCUGGGACAAAUGAUAACCAUGGAUUUAAACCAAUCCAGAGUUCAUCUGAGGAACUCGGCCCAGAACCCAUACGAGGCUGGCAUACCCAGGGUCAGUUUUCUGUAGAAUCUGAUCCCAAUGGGUAUGAACUGGACCUCAGUGCUGUCUCCCCACCCUCUGACAUCGAAGAACACAGCCUUGGAUCUCUGGCUGGAGAGUUUACCAAGGAGGGAACAGCAAAAGUGGAGGAAGCUAUCAUUGUCCCUGAGCUUGGUGAUCCAGCAUCGUUGGUGUCAAACAGAACAAGCACGAAAGACAGCACUCAGCAUCUUGAUAGUGAUGGAGAAGAACCAGAUUGGCUGAGUGACAUCAAAAAGAAACCAGAAGACCCUUCAACAUCUCCAAAAUCUGUCGACUCUCAUAAAGGCUACACUGAACAUGAGUCACAACAGGCCAACCUGAGUUUUGACUGUGAACUAACAAGUCAGUCUUCUUUUGAUCCAUAUGGCUUCAAACUCAGUCCAGAACAUUCUAGUCUCACCCUCUUGGACCCCGAUGAAGCUGAGCUGAGCCCAGCACUCAGUGAUCAAGAUCUGGAUUUUGACCCAGAACACGCUUCUUCUCAACCAGACCCAUUGUGUUUUUAUUCCUAUGAGUAUGAAAUCCCUUCUUCUCAAAUGUUACAGGACUCUGAUCCCUAUGGCUUUAAGCUCAGCCUUGAAAAAGAGAAUCAGGAGGUGCCCGAACCUUGUUGCGAUGAUAAUAUGGAAAACAUGGCCAUUGGUGAAUUUCACAAUAAGGACAACGAAGAAUCCUUUCACUAUAGCAAUCAAGAAGUACUAGAACCUCUUCCUCAUGAAAACCAAGAAGUGCUUGAUCCUUGUAGCAACACUAACCAAGAACUGCCCGAUGUUUUUAAAAGCCGAAACCAAGAAGUGAUGGAAUUAUCAUCACUGGCCAACAGUGAAAUUGUAAAGUUAGUCAGCAAAGAAAAUCAAGAAUUCACAAAUCUUUAUAGUCCUGAAAACCAAGAAGUGGUUGAACGCUAUUACUUCAUAAGUGACAAGGAAGUUGAAGAGCAUAAAAAUGAUAACCAAGAAGUCCUGGAAUUUUGUAGCCAAGCUAAUUCAGAGCAACUUGAUUUCUCCUGUACUGAGAAUCAGGAAGUGUUGGAUUUAGACAGCUAUGGCAAUCAAGAAGUAGUUGAAAAUCAGGAAGAGCCAGCUUUAGAUCGCCAUGAAAACCAAGGAACAAUGAAUCUCGAUAAUAACGAAUAUGAGAAAUUGCUCGAUUUGGAUGGUCAUAAUAACCAGGAAGUGUUGGACUUGGUAAAAGAUGAGCCAAGCCCUGAAACCAACAACAAUCAGUCCGUCCUCAAACCUGAGUUGAGUAACAGCUCCGACAGUGAUGUGGCACCAGAAGAAUUACAACCCAGUAAUAUCAGUGUUGGAGACGCCCUCAUGGACUGCAGCACUAUGUCCACCAACCAGACUUGCAUAUCUCAUGAUCCUUCUAGACACAACAUGUUAGAGGGUGAUCUUGGUUCUGUGUUCAGGGCUGGUGGAUACAUUGGUUGUCCUGAUGUAGCUGAUGAUCUAGAACCUAUGUCCCACAGACAAGUUAACAGUGUAGCAGCGCCAGUACGGCCAGUCAGACCAGUAAGACCUCCCCGACCUUCACUCAGGGCAAAGGAGAAAGCCGAGUCCCCAACUCAGGGAAUCGACCUGAAAUGAUCCAUCAAUAAUCAACAAUGGUAUUGACAUCCCUACAGUGAGGGAAUAAUUCAGACAGGAGUGAACUAAGAAGAUGAACAUUUUUCUAAAGGGGAAUUGACAAAGGGAUGCAGCAGUACUGUAGACUCAUGUCUGUUUUUAUGUUUAGCAGUUAAACUGAAAUAAGAAGCAGAAGGGGCCUGUUUCAACAGGACCAUCUUGCAAAGAGGCCUGACAACAUACAAGGUCCGUUCCAGCAUGAAACUACCACCAUCUUAAAACCUGUGUGCUGCAUGAAAACUCUGCAGGCAAUGUUUGAAGUAACAUUUUACGUCAUCCACUGUCAUCAAUGUACAGGUAAAAGGUAACCACUUUCCUCCUAAUUUGUUAAAACAAUACACAUACAGUGCAGAAGAGAAAUUGCUGAUAAGCAUCUAUUGUUAACUAUGCGAUAUAUCACAAUAUUGUUUUAUUUCUGGUGUUUAAAAAAAAAAAAAAAUCACACGGGCAGAAAAGAUCUCUUCUCCACCUUGCUUCGCAUUUUGCCAGUCCUCAUCAUGGCUAUGUUUAUGGAUGCUGUUUGUGUCUGUCAUUCAAACACGGUAUUUAAAGAUGUAUAAUCAGCCGUUGCAUUUUGUCUCAGGUUUAAUAUUAACACACAACACAUUAUGCGUACUAAUCUAUACGCAUUUGCUCCUCCCAGAAGGCGCAAAAUGAACUGCGCAGCAAUUUAGCACGUUAAGCAGACGCAGUCCUGGGUGUGCCCAAUUAAUGCGCAAUGACAUUUAUACCUAUUUUGGGACAGGUAAACUUUAAGUAAAUAAGGCCCUAAGUGUUUAUGCAAUGGU